AUAGAUGAACAAAGCAAUCAAAUUCCAGUUCAGACAGUAGUCCUUGAAAAUCAGUCUCGGACCUUAGAGAAUAUGAAAGCACAAUACCUUGCCGUAAAUGGUAUUCGUAAAGUAUCUUGUGUGCUCAGUUCAAACUUGCGACAUGUACGUGUUUUUGAAAUGGAUGUAGAAGAUGAUGGGGAGGUGGAUGAAGAGGAGGAGGAGGAGGAGCCAGAGUCUCAAAAUGUUGGUGAGACUAAAGAAGAGAUGAAAGAGACUGUGAAUGUGCAAGAUGAUUCUGAUGUCAAUGCUGUAGCCAGCAUUGAGAAGCCUGUACUGCUUGAGGAUGAUGCUUCCAGCCUGGAAUCCAUACCUGGAACCUGGAGUUAGUUUGUGAUAUGUAAACUGCAGUCAUGAAACAGGAUUUCCUAGUACUAGUCUAGUUUAUUUUUGUGGAGAGUAAGUACCUAUUGGCAGCGUUUUGCGCUCCCAAGUCAACUGCAACAGUAACUGCAUGGUAAAUCUCUCUUAAAAACUAAACAAAGGUUUCAUUCACUUAGCUUUAGUGAAGUUGUCGACACACAUUGGAAAUUAUACUGAAUCUGUAAUGGCUGGUGCAAUUUGCUGUGAAUGCUAUUUGUACAAAUUACAUUACAUUGCAUGUGCUGUGAAAAUCAGAACAAUGUUUGAAAACAUUAGCACACUAGCUAACAAUAGACUCGACCCUCUAGUCUUAUUUGAAUACACUCCCACUGAUAAGUUUGCACAAAUUGAGCCCUUGUUUCUACAGGAUGUAAAACCAGCCCAAACUCUCAACUGUUCAUUUAAGAGGCCAAAGUAUGAGAAUGGGAACUUAAUAUAUUGCAAUGAGAUGACAGAGGGCACUGCUGAGGUUUGGGGUGAAGCACACUAGGAAUGCUUUCAUAUGUAUGCUCAUUGUAAUGAGAUUGUAAGCCUGCUGUUUGUGAAUUCGUUGACAACUUCACUAAAACUAAAUGAAUGAAACCUUUGUUCAGUUUUCAGAGACAUUUACCAUGCAGUUACUAUUGCAGUUGACUUGGGAGUGCAAAACACUGACAUUGGGUACUUACACUCCACUAAUAUCUUAAGCUGAACAAACGCAACUACGUAUAAGCGGGAAGUUCUGAUUAAUUUUUCUGUUGCUGAGAUUUUGAUAUAUUAUUUACAUUAUUUUCUGUGUGAUAGUGUAAAAUCUUUAAUUAAAAUAGAAUGUAAAAACAGUUAACUUUGCCUUGAAUUAUGUUGCCUUGUGCAUGAUUUAAUAGAACUUUGUACGUUACUGGAAGUAUUUGUAACAUUAUUACACUUUGAGAAGUAAUUUAUUCUGAGUAGUAGCAAUAUUCUCAGGAUUUUACCUAAUUUACUUCAGUUUGUUCAUAUUUAAUUGAAAAUGCUUUUCAAAUGAAAGCUUGUCUCAUCCUGAAUACAAUUUUAUUUUAUCUUU